AUGUUGCCAGAGAUUAAUAAGACGUCACGACCAGAGGCCUUCCCACACAGACAGCCAGCAGAGGGCAGUCGUCUUGGGACCACCCGAUCCUGCCUACAGAAAUUUGGCCCAGGAGUAGGAACUUUGCCACCGCUAGAGCCUCCGGUGGUCCAGGUGGUGGUUAGCAAUGCCAAGAAUCAGCACCAGCAGCAGUCUGACCACAUCCUGCCCCAAAUUGUCAAUCAUGCAGUCCAGAACCACUAUCAAACAAACACAGUUGAGAGGCCCAAGCCCACCCAGCAGUUCACCACACGAUUUGGCGCAGCGAUGGAUAAAAUAUCAGUGUCUCGCAACAACAAACUCUUCAGCUGCAGGUUAAAUAAAGAAAAGGCGCCCGAAGGUCCAAGGCUGCCAAUGUCUCCCAUAGACUCAGUCAACAACUUCCAAGAUCGUCUGACAGAGUUUGAGAGAGAGGAAAUUAUGGACUACGCAGAGAUCUGGUUUCUGGGGCUGGGCUCCCAGAAAAUCGAAGGUUCCCAUGCUGCACCGCAGAACUGCGGCUAUGAUGAUGAGCAGGGCAGCUACAUCAGGGUGCUGCAUGACCACAUCGCCUACAGAUUUGAAGUAUUAGAAGUGAUUGGCAAAGGCUCCUUUGGACAAGUUCUAAAAUGCUUAGACCACAAGACCAAUGAACUUGUAGCUGUUAAGAUGAUACGCAACAAGAAGAGGUUCCAUCACCAAGCUUUAGUUGAGCUGAAAAUCCUGGAUGUGAUAAAAAGGAAAGACAAAGACAACCUUCACAACGUCAUCCACAUGAAGGAGUACUUCUACUUCAGAAAUCACCUCUGCAUCUCCUUUGAGCUUCUCGGGGUGAACCUGUACGAGCUCAUCAAAAAGAACAACUUCCAGGGCUUCAGUGUGGCUCUCAUUCGUCGCUUCACUCAUGCUCUGCUCAGGUGCCUGCAGAUGCUCCACAGAGAGAAGAUCAUACACUGUGACCUUAAGCCGGAAAAUAUCUUGCUGUCUCAGAGAGGACCAGGGAACAUAAAGGUGGUCGACUUUGGAUCAAGCUGUUAUGAACAACAAAGAGUGUACACGUACAUCCAGAGCCGCUUCUACCGCUCCCCAGAAGUCAUCCUAGGUCACCCCUACAGCAUGGCGAUCGACAUGUGGAGUCUGGGCUGCAUCUUGGCUGAGCUCUACACCGGGUACCCUCUUUUCCCCGGAGAGAGUGAAGUGGAGCAGAUAGCAUGUAUAAUGGAGCUUCUUGGAAUGCCUCCAAAUGAUUUUGUUCAGUCUGCAUCCCGGAGGAGAUUGUUCUUUGAUUCAAAAGGAAAUCCCAGAAACACCACCAACAGUAAGGGGAAGAAACGAAAACCAAACUCCAAGGAGUUGUCAACGACUCUGAAGACAAACGACACUUUAUUCUUAGAUUUCAUCACACGCUGCCUCACCUGGGAUCCAACAAAAAGGAUGACACCCGAUGAGGGUUUACAGCAUGGCUGGAUCCUGGAGGGUAAUUUCAACAAGGUGAAGCCAAGAACCAAACCAUCAGGAAAGAAGCCAACAGACAGUGUGCCUGCCACGGAAAGAAACAGUGAUUACAGUUGCAGCAAACAAGCCAAUAGCAAACCUGCGGAGAGGUUCACCACUGCAGAAAACAGUGACGAAGAUAAGCUGACGAGGCACAGCUCAGACACAAAGGCAACCCCGGGCGAGCGCCUGCGACCUAUUGGGGCUUCAGCGGAGGACGGGGUGUGCGACAGUGAGAAUUCCAAGGUACAAGAUGCUGUUUUAGAGAGGCCCGUCCACAUCGUCAUCAAACCUCAGGAGGAAGACGGAACAGAGAGCCGCGACAACCUCGCGCCCUCUCAGUGUUUGCCUCCUAUCAUGUAA